AUGUCGCAGGUGUACACUGGCAUGCAGGAGUUCCCGGACCAGGCGUCGGGCAACUUGCAGCAGCCACACUAUGUUGGCGCAGUGCCCGAACACUACUUCGCGGGUCAUUGUGACCACAACGCCUAUCCAAUCUAUUCGAUCGCGCCGCCACAACUAAAAUGCUACAACACCAACGGCGUGCCAGAUCUGGCCGCAUUCAGCGACUACGGCGACUUCGAUGCCGGCUCUGCGUUCGGCUGUCUCCACUACCUCCCGCCCGACGCGAUAUCGAGCAAGUAUUAUGCCCUACAGGAUCCCAAUGUCUACCUUGCGGACGAGACGCAGACGCCAUCGACUGAUGUCGAGUCGUAUGCGACUACGGCCAACCCGAUAACAACCGAAGUCUUCGCUAAGAUGGAGGUCGACGAGCCCCCCAUGGGUUCACUUACUCCCCGAAUGGGCUCACUUACUCCUCCAAUGGGCUCCCUCACUCCUCCGAUGGGCUCACUUAGACCUCCCUGUGAUCUACACGCAGACAUGCCCAAGCUCACCGAGACCACGAGCAUGGGCAUUCUAGCCACUCCGACCCUCGCAUAUCCGGAGCACUCUUCGCCGGUAUCUGCACUCGCACCCAGGCCGAUCCCGUCUCCUUCGCCGACACCCCCAUGCUCUGUUCUUCCAAAACAAAGAAGAAACAGGGACGACCCCGGCGGAGACACUGGCCCAGUGGCGCAGUGCUCGGCGCAGUUCGAGAACCAGACGGGAUCCGACUACGCCGAGGGUGCUCGUGCUCGUGUCGCCGACUCGGGCGACACGAUGACGUGCGGAGGUCGAGUGAAAGGAGAGGACCAACCGGUCGUCGUCCCGUCGCAGUGGAAGCUGGGAGCUAUACUCGACAAGCUCCGCUUCCCCGAAUAUGGCGGUGACUGGGAUGCGCUCAUGUGUGCUAUCAAUGGCAGGGAGUACCAGGCGUGUAUGCCUCGCUCAGACUCUCCUCUCAGCCCAGACGACAUGGAGCAGCUCAUGCAACUGCGGGUUGGUCUGGGCCUCUCAGCCCCUGGGCCACCCCGGACACCGACGACGCCUCCUACAACGCCUCCGAUCAAUGCAGAUGAGGUAUUGGUGUACUCACCGACAACGGGGCGCCGUAUUCCUGUAGUGGCGGGCCCUGCAGGCCCCAUCCUGCAGCUCACGAAGGACCUCCCCAGCGCGAAGCGGCCGCACAAACGCGGUACAACGGCGGCUUGCGCUUUCUGCAGACGGCGCAAGAUCGCGUGCGGGGGUCCGCAGGAGGGCGACGAGGCGCGGAGAUGUGGGUGA